UCAACUCACUCUUUCCUCACUCAGUUGCUCCUCUACUGUGAUCACAAUUCCCAAUGGCUGCUGCUAUCGGAAGCUCACACAUCGUUCUACAUUCCGGCGCAAACGGCCGGCCGGCGAGUUUGUUCCCGGGACUAUCAUUCUCGUCGUCAAACAUUUCCGGUGAUAAGAUCACUUCAUCAUCACUUAAAACAUGUAGAAACGACAGGCGCUCAAUGAUCUUAUCUCCAAAAGCUGUUUCUGAUUCUCAGAAUUCUCAGACCUGUCUCGAUCCUGAAGCUAGCCGAAGUGUCUUGGGAAUUAUUCUUGGAGGUGGAGCUGGUACUCGUCUUUAUCCUCUGACAAAGAAAAGGGCAAAACCUGCGGUUCCUUUAGGAGCAAAUUAUAGGCUUAUCGAUAUCCCUGUUAGCAAUUGCUUGAACAGCAACAUAUCAAAGAUUUAUGUUCUUACGCAAUUCAAUUCUGCAUCUCUCAAUAGCCACCUUUCACGGGCUUAUGCAAGUAACAUGGGUGGUUACAAGAAUGAAGGAUUCGUUGAAGUUCUUGCUGCUCAGCAGAGUCCGGAGAACCCCAACUGGUUCCAGGGUACAGCUGAUGCUGUGAGACAAUAUCUGUGGCUUUUUGAGGAGCACAAUGUUCUAGAAUACCUGAUUCUUGCAGGGGACCAUUUAUACCGAAUGGAUUAUGAAAGAUUUAUACAAGCACACAGGGAAACUGAUGCUGAUAUCACCGUAGCUGCCCUGCCAAUGGAUGAAAAACGUGCCACUGCCUUUGGUCUGAUGAAGAUCGAUGAAGAAGGACGCAUAAUUGAAUUUGCAGAGAAACCAAAAGGCGAGCAAUUGAAAUCUAUGAAGGUAGAUACGACUAUCUUGGGUCUUGAUGACGAGAAAGCCAAAGAGAUGCCCUACAUUGCAAGUAUGGGUAUAUAUGUUGUCAGUAAAGAUGUAAUGUUAAAUUUGCUUCGAGAUAAGUUCCCUGGAGCUAAUGAUUUCGGAAGUGAAGUUAUUCCUGGUGCAACUUCUGUUGGAUUGAGAGUGCAAGCUUACCUGUAUGAUGGCUACUGGGAAGAUAUUGGUACAAUUGAAGCAUUUUACAAUGCCAAUUUGGGGAUCACAAAGAAACCAGUGCCAGAUUUUAGCUUCUACGACCGAUCAUCACCUAUUUAUACACAACCUCGAUAUUUACCCCCUUCUAAGAUGCUUGAUGCUGAUGUCACGGAUAGCGUUAUCGGCGAAGGUUGUGUAAUCAAGAAUUGCAAAAUUCACCAUUCAGUGGUCGGCCUUCGAUCUUGCAUCUCAGAAGGUGCAAUUAUUGAAGAUACUCUGUUGAUGGGAGCUGAUUAUUAUGAGACGGAUACCGACAGAAAGUCUUUAGCUGCGAAGGGUAGUGUCCCAAUCGGUAUUGGCAAGAAUUCUCACAUCAGAAGAGCAAUUAUUGACAAAAAUGCUCGCAUAGGGGAUAAUGUGAAGAUCAUAAAUAGUGACAAUGUCCAAGAAGCAGCAAGAGAAACCGAUGGUUACUUUAUAAAGAGUGGAAUUGUGACAAUAAUCAAAGAUGCUUUGAUCCCCAGUGGCACUGUAAUCUAGAGGUCUUCUUCUUGUUGUAUCCGUAUUGGACCAAAUCCAUCUCCAACUUGUUAAACUGAAAAGGGGAGCCUUCCAUUUAAAAAGUAAACUCAAUGUACGUCUCCCCCUCACUUUAGCAGGGAAAAAUAUGACUUAAAAGAGAUUUAUGAUGUAAAAUGCAAUUUAUAAGCCGGUUAAUUUAUUUCUGCCACUUGGGGUUUA